UAAGAGUGAAAGCAUCGCCAAGACGACGACUUAUUAUUUGCUUCGAAGAAAACGUAUCAGAGUUUCAAUUCUCAGACAUUGUUGUGUUGGCUUCUUGAAUCCUAAGAAAAUUGUUAUGUCCGAACAUGAUGGGAACCAAGUAACGGCGCCACCUACGGCAACGCCAGAGUCGGGAAUGGAGGACCAGGAGCCGGGGACGGGGUUUGGAGUAUCCGCGAUCACGAGGCGGUGGAGGAGAGAAGACUUGCUGAAGAGAGGGGGUUUGGCUUUGAGAGGAAUUGGUUUGUUAUUCUCUUUGCUUGCUUUCAUUAUUAUGGCAAGUAACAAGCAUGGAGAUUGGAUGGAUUUUGACAAAUACGAAGAGUACCGAUAUUUGUUAGGGAUUGCGAUUUUGUCUACUUUGUACACGGGAAUACAAACGCUCCGGCACGUCCACGAGCUUUCCACCGGUAAAAGUAUGCUCCAGCCGCGGACGUCUGCCCUAGUUGAUUUUGUUGGAGAUCAGAUCAUAGCAUACUUGUUGAUAUCUGCAUCGUCGACUGCAAUUCCCUUGACAAAUAGUAUGAGAAGAGGAGCUGACAACAUAUUCACAGAUUCCUCUUCAGCGGCCAUAGGUAUGGCUUUUCUUGGAUUCUUCUCCUUGGCUUUGGCGGCUCUCAUUUCUGGAUAUAAAUUAUCUGCACGACCCUAUCUCUAAUAAGUCAUUAAAAAGUGAAUUCUUCCCGUGGGUGACGGAGGAAUCGAAGGUCCGGCCAUUGCCACUGCUAUAAUAAGGUCUGGAAAGCACCUUCUCGCCCACAUUUGUUGAUGUCCGAGAGCAUCUUCCAUUCUCUGUGCUCCUAGCUGCCUAAGGUCUUUUGUCCGGGCUUUCUACUGUAAGUAAAAUUAUACUGUGUUAAACAAAGAACAACAGUGGGGUAAAACCCAGCACUUUAUUCUAAUCAUUUACAUCUUUUUUUUUGGCUAUGACGAAUUGUGAAUUUAUGAUUAUGUGUUUCCUGUAAAAAAAAAAAAGUGUUGACAAGGAAUUUUUUG